UUGAUCGCAGGCGAAGGCGAGCAGCGGUGCUCGGGAGGAUUUCCUGCUCCGAGAGUGUUGAAGGCUGGACUGGACGAGCAUUAAAAAAGCAUGGAGUGAAUCUGUAAUGACUGGAGCUCAGCCAGAUUUAUUGCUGAAGACAGAAAAGCGCCGCCGUUCCGGAUCCCUGCGCUGCUCGGCGGAGUUUGUGAGUGAAGAUGAGGAGGAUAACGGGAAAGACGAAAGAUGCAACUCUCAUAGAGAUGACCAACACGGCGGAUGCUCAUGUAGAAGAUGGUUUUGCGGUGUUGACAGGCUACAGGAAGACCUUUCUGGCAGACAAUAAUGGUCUGCUCUCCAGCUCAGACAGGGGAACACCACUGCCAGGCCAUCAGGAGACUGAUAAGCUGGAGCAGAGUAAGGAUUCUGUGUACUUCCAGGAUGGCGUACGUCGCAUUGAUUUUGUCCUGUCCUACGUCGACGACAAGGAUGGAGACAAAAAAGCGGAACGAAGAAGAGCAUUCGAGGCCAACCUUGAGAACUCUGGUCUGAUGCUGGAGACUGAGGAUAAAUUGGAGUCGGACGACCGGAAGACAUACUAUCUGAAGAUCCAUGCUCCCUGGGAGGUGCUGGCCACCUACGCAGAUGUGCUGAAGAUCAAGGUGCCAUUCAAGCCCAGCGACAUUCCCAAAGGCCGUGAUGCCCCACUGCAGUGGCUCACAAAGCCUUUCCGACUGCCACCAGAAAUCAUGAAGCCUGACCCUGAUUAUUUCACUGCACCUUUCGACAAGAGCAAGGCUGACUUCUUCCUUAUUAAAGACAAGGAAACCUUCUUUCCGCCCUCAACCCGUAACAGGAUUGUAUAUUACAUCCUCACACGCUGUCCGUACUAUAAGGAGGAUCGUAAAGAGAAAGACAAGACGGGAAUUAAGAGACUGCUGAGCAAUGGCACCUACACUUCUGCCUACCCUCUCCAUGAUUGUCGCUAUUGGAAGAAAGCGAAGGAGACACAGUGUGAGAGUGAGAGAUAUCACCUCUAUAAGCACUGGGCUCGCUUUCUCUGCUUCUACAAGGAGCAACCACUCAACCUUAUCAGGAAGUACUAUGGUGAGAAGAUCGGCAUCUAUUUUGCUUGGCUGGGCUUCUACACAGAGAUGCUGUUCUUUGCUGCUGUGAUGGGCGUCAUCUGCUUUGUCUAUGGCUUGCUCAGCUAUGAUGAUAACAUCACUAGCAAGGAGAUCUGUAACCCAAAUAUUGGUGGGAAAAUCGUGAUGUGUCCUCUGUGUGAUAAGAAGUGCACAUACUGGAAGCUCAACUCAACAUGUCUUUCAUCCUGGCAAGCCCAUCUGUUUGACAAUGAAGGAACUGUGUUUUUCGCCAUUUUUAUGGGAAUCUGGGUGACACUGUUUCUUGAAUUCUGGAAGCGAAGGCAGGCCAGGCUGGAGUAUGAGUGGGAUCUGGUGGAUUUUGAAGAGGAGCAGCAGCAGCUUCAGAUCAGACCUGAGUUUGAGUUGAAAUGCACCACCAAGCGUCGCAACCGCAUCACACAGGAAUUGGAGCCAUAUUUGCCCUUCACCAGCAAGUGUGCACGCUUCUGUGUGUCUGGAGCUAUAGUGCUAUUUUGGACGUGUCUGAUCGUGGCCUGUGUCAUGGGAGUGAUAGCGUACAGGUUAGCAGUGUAUGCAGCUUUCGCCAGCCUCAUGAAGGACAGCCCAACUAACAAGAUCCAGUUGGUGGGGUCUCUAAUCAACCCACAGCUGGCCACCUCUGUCACUGCAUCCUGCAUCAACUUUGUCAUCAUCCUUAUUCUCAACUUCCUCUAUGAGUAUGUGGCUAUCUGGAUCACAGACAUGGAGAUUCCUAAAACCCAUUUGGAGUAUGAGAACAAGUUGACCACGAAAAUGUUCAUGUUUCAGUUUGUGAACUACUACUCCUCCUGCUUCUAUGUUGCCUUCUUUAAAGGCAAGUUUGUGGGUUACCCAGGCAACUACACGUACAUGUUUGGGAGUCAACUGAGAAAUGAGGAGUGCGCUCCAGGGGGCUGCCUGAUAGAGCUUACCACUCAGCUGGUGAUUGUUAUGGCAGGGAAGCAACUGGUGGGCAACAUCCAGGAGGCCCUGCUACCAUUACUGAGGAACUGGUGGAUCAGCAGGAAAGGACGGAGCCAUCCAGAGGGCCGGUACAGCCGAUGGGAGCAGGACCAUGACUUGCAAAACUUCAGCCAGUUUGGUCUCUUCUAUGAGUACUUGGAGAUGGUGAUCCAGUUUGGCUUCAUCACCCUGUUUGUGGCCUCAUUCCCUCUGGCUCCACUCCUUGCUCUCUUUAACAACAUACUGGAGGUCAGGGUGGACGCGUGGAAGUUCACCACACAAUUCCGUCGGCCUGUGGCAGCCAAGGCACGCAACAUCGGGGCUUGGAAAGACAUCCUGAAUGUGGUGGCUAUCUUGUCCGUCGUCACAAAUGCCUUCAUCAUGGCAUUCACCUCUGAUAUGAUCCCUCGCCUGGUCUAUCUAUAUGCUUACCACCCUGGUGAAAAGGCUACCAUGGAAGGCUACAUUAACAACAGCCUCUCAGUGUAUGAAAUCAAUGAGCUACAUAUACAAAACAGAGCAGACAUUGAGGAGCAUCCUGCGUGGACCAACAUCACAACAUGCAGAUAUCGAGACUACCGCUACCCUCCAGGCCAUGAGAGGCAAUACACACACACCAUGCAGUUCUGGCAUAUUCUUGCAGCGAAGAUGGCCUUCAUCAUCAUCAUGGAGCAUGUAGUGUUCGUGGUGAAGUUCUUCGUGGCAUGGCUGAUCCCAGACGUGCCAUCAGAAGUGAAGGCCCGGAUAAAGCGUGAACGCUAUUUGGUGCAGGAAUACCUGCACACCUAUGAGGUAGAGAAGCUGAAGCUGCAACUGAGCCAGAGCUUCUGCGUGACCGCAGAGACGACCUCGCUGCUUCCUUCCAGCCCAAACAAGCAUGAAGUCCUGUCUGAAUGUAUCUAA